UCGGCCAUGGCGUCUCUCCGCGAAGCCACCCUGCGGAAACUGCGCAGAUUUUCUGAGCUGAGAGGCAAACCCGUGGCAGCUGGAGAAUUCUGGGAUGUGGUUGCAAUAACAGCAGCUGAUGAAAAGCAGGAGCUUGCUUACAAGCAACAGUUGUCAGAGAAGCUGAAGAAAAAGGAAUUGCCUCUUGGAGUUCAAUACCAUGUUUUUCCGGAUCCUGCUGGGACCAAAAUUGGACAAGAUACGUGUGCACAGCCCUGGCGUUCCUCUCAGUUUCCACUCCCGGUUUACUCCUCACAGGAAGAAGGAAAUGGAGGAUCAACACUUUCUUCCCUUCAGUGUUUGGAGAGCCUCUGUGGAGAUAAAUGGAAUUCUUUGAAGGUCCUGUUAAUCCACUCUGGUGGCUACAGUCAACGCCUUCCCAAUGCAAGUGCUUUAGGAAAGAUCUUCACAGCCUUACCACUUGGUGAACCCAUUUACCAGAUGUUGGAGUUAAAACUAGCCAUGUACGUGGAUUUCCCCUCAAACAUGAGGCCUGGAGUCUUGGUCACCUGUGCAGAUGAUAUCGAACUCUACAGUGUUGGGGGCUGUGAGUACAUUGCCUUUGACCAGCCUGGCUUUACUGCCUUAGCCCAUCCGUCUAGUCUCGCUGUAGGCACUACUCAUGGAGUAUUUGUCUUGCACUCUGACAGUUCCUUACAACAUCGUGACCUUGAGUACAGGCAAUGCUACCGUUUCCUCCACAAGCCCACCAUUGAAAACAUGCACCGCUUUAAUGCUGUGCAUAGACAAGGAAGCUUUGGUCAACAGGACUUGUCUGGAGGUGACACUGCCUCUCUUCCAUUGCACAAUGAGUAUGUCUACACAGAUAGCCUGUUUUACAUGGAUCACAAAUCAGCCAAAACGUUACUUGAUUUCUAUAAAAGUGAAGGCCCACUGAACUGUGAAAUAGAUGCCUAUGGAGACUUUCUUCAGGCACUGGGGCCUGGAGCAACUGCAGAGUACACCAGGAACACAUCUCAUGUCACUAAAGAAGAGUCCCAGUUGUUGGACAUGAGGCAGAAAAUAUUCCACCUCCUCAAGGGAACACCACUGAAUGUUGUUGUUCUUAAUAACUCCAGAUUUUAUCACAUUGGAACACUGCAAGAGUAUCUGCUUCAUUUCACCUCUGAUAGUGCAUUAAAGUCAGAGCUGGGCUUACAGUCCAUAGCUUUCAGUGUCUCUCCAAGUGUUCCUCAGUGCUCCAGUGGAACAGCCUGUGUCAUUCACAGUAUAGUGGAUUCAGGAUGCUGCGUGGCCCCUGGCUCAGUGGUAGAGUAUUCUAGAUUGGGGCCUGAGGUGUCCAUCGGGGAAAACUGCAUUAUCAGCAGUUCUGUCAUAGCAAAAACUGUUGUGCCAGCAUAUUCUUUUUUGUGUUCUUUAAGUGUGAAGAUAAAUGGACACUUACAAUAUUCUACUAUGGUGUUUGGCAUGCAAGACAACUUGAAGAACAGUGUUAAAACACUGGAAGACAUAAAGGCACUUCAGUUCUUUGGAGUCUGUUUUCUGUCUUGUUUAGACAUUUGGAAUCUUAAAGCUACAGAGAAACUAUUCUCUGGAAAUAAGAUGAAUCUGAGCCUGUGGACUGCACGCAUUUUCCCUGUCUGUUCGUCUCUGAGUGAGUCGGUUACAGCAUCCCUUGGGAUGUUAAGCGCUGUAAGGAACCAUUCACCAUUCAACCUAAGUGACUUUAACCUUCUGUCCAUCCAGGAAAUGCUUGUCUACAAAGAUGUACAAGACAUGCUAGCUUAUAGGGAACACAUUUUCCUAGAAAUUAGUUCAAAUAAAAAUCAAUCUGAUUUAGAGAAAUCUUGAAUAUAUUUUGCCCAUGAACAAAAUUGCAAAUACACACAUUUCCUAUAGACCUCUGACAUUUUUGUUUGUUUUAAUAAAGUAAUAUAAUAAAAAUUAUGUUAAUAUAACUGUUGUAGCUUGGUAAUGAGAAUGGUACAACUGACCACUUCUGCUAGAAGUAUGUUCCAGGACAAAAGUCAGGAAAGAUAUGCUGUUUUAGAUGUUUACACCAUCUUAAAAUUUUGCUCUUUGGUAAAGAUCCAUUUAUGGGACACUGUUUCAUUCACAAAAUAAAUACUUCUGUUUUAUAGGAUGAUUUUCUAAACAUGCCUUUAAAGCUUUUCUAUCUUCUUUUGAAAUCUGGACCAAUAAAGUUCUAGGUGAUAUUGAGGAUUGUAUUACUCAAAUUCUCAUAGUGAGACAACACGUAACAAAAUAUUGUUAUAAAUCCUUAGAAGAAAUGUCAUUAUUUGAGAUUUUCUUUCAGGACUUUGUUCUAGUUUUAUUUUAUGUACAUAAAUGUGUUACCUGCAUGUAUGCAUGUGCACCACAUGCUUGUGGCAUCCAUAAAGGCUAGAACAGCUGUUCUCAACAUGUGGGUUGUGACCUUUUGUGGGCUCAAACAAACCUUUGAGGGAUAACCUAAGUCCAUUGGAAAACAAAAUAUUUACAUUAUGAUUCAUAACAGUAGGAAAAUUAGAGUUAAGUAGCAACAAAAAUAAUUUUAUAUUUGGGGUCACUACAGCACGAGUGUAUUUAAAGGAUGGUAGCAUCAGGAAGGUUAAAAACCUCCGGUCUAGAAGAAGGCAUUGGGUCUCUUGGAACUAGAGUUACAGAUGGUUAGAACCUCCAUGUUGCUUCUGUAAGUCAACCUCCUUAGUCCUAUGAAAGUGCUAUAUAAUGAUGUUUGUGCCUCACUGGUCUUGCCAAAAUGAUAUAAAAGUAUGUAUGUAUGAUUUUGUUUUUAUACACUAGAACAUGUGUUGCCAUAUCUUAUAAACUAUGUCUACUGGUGUAUUACAGUGGUAGAUAUGUACACACAGAACUCAGUUGUCUGCUCAGGAGGUGGUAGGCAUAGUUGAGAGCCAGUGCUCACUCGCUAUGGACCUUACUUAAUCUUCUCCUAGUUAAUCCUUCUCCAAAUCUCUUAACUUGACAGUGGACAUUUACCUUGCAUCAUUGGUGGUAGUGAUGCUGUGAACAAACAAUUGGCCCAAAGAGAGGAAAUUCCAAUAGGCAAUCUGAAGAACUCCUCAGAUCGUAAACGACUGCAAGGAAGUGAAAUGGGUGGGAUUCCUGGUUAUGCCUACCUAUUCUGAAAUAAACACAUUAGUGGAAUGUCCUCAGGUUGAACUGUAAUAGAGGUACAUCAUAUCAUACUUGUGUUUAAAAUACCUAAAGUACAUUGUAAUAUCUGCUGUGGCAACUUCUAUGUAAGUUUUCAUAAAAAUAUAUGAUAAACAAGAUAUCUGUCAAAACUCCUUUAUAUUAUUUAUAUAAGAAUAUUUGUCUUUUUGAGGUACUAGACAAUAAGGCAAAGUAUGUAUGAUACUAUUUGACAAUUAUUGGUUAAGUUACUGAUAUUUCAAUGGAUGUUAAAUGUUAUUAAAUACUCAAGACUAAUUUAAAGUCCUAUCAACGGUGAGAAUUAUGAUUUCAUGUUCCAAGAAAAAAAAUAUCAUUAAUAAAGAAUACCAUCACUUCCCUGUA